UGUGUGGUCCACAGUGCUCUGUGUCUUUGGGGCUACCACAAAAGCUAAAUUCCUCACUCUCAUUCUCUGAGGUUGAUUGAUUACGUCUACCCAAGAAAGCCUCACAGGCCAACUCCUUACACCAACAAUAAAGAGCCGAGAGUUACUGGUGGCAGCCAUCCUAGGGUCUGCACUGAAUCUGGAAGGUACGGUUGGCCUUGUGUGACCAGGUCCCGGACAUUCCGUGUAUCCAGGAGACCAAGGCUGAGGAAGCUGAAGACUGCAGGGAAGGGCGUCCUCCGGUGACUGGAGGGACCAUGGCAGUGAAUAGGGGAGUAGAGACCUUCUUAUCUGUCUUCCUGCUGUGCUGCUGGUAUGGAAGUGAUCUACAGCCGAUCAACUCCAAUUCGACUUCAGGUCCACUUACUGAAGAUGUGCUCAAUUCAACAACAGAAGACAUACCUGAAGUUUUUGGUAAGGAUUCCCAUGCACCUGAAGUUUUUGAUGAAAUUCUAGCCCAAGAGAUUCUGGAGCCAAACACAUCAUCGGCAGUGUCUGAAACAUCAGGAACAACAAAAGUAUCCACACAAACCACAGCACAAACCAAGGACAAAAACAUGGGUAUUGAUGAAAACUACCAAGAAGAUGGCUCCGAGAAUUACCAUGAGUUACUGGAGAACGUAGACUCCUCGACUGUGAGCAAGGAUAAAACCGAGAGUUAUGACAGAAGUACCGUCGAGAACCUCCACGAACACAGUUCUCGGACCAAGAUUGAGCCACACAUCUCUUUUAAUGAAAAGAAGAGUUCGAACAAUGAUAAGAACAGGAAAGUGUCCAUUCUGGACAGAAUCCUUCAAAACAUAGGAAGAUAUGAAGACAGCCUGGAACUAAGAGAAAGCAUCUUUUAGAAGAAGAGGACCAAGCCCAGGAGGACGGCAUGGCGCAGGCGCUCCUGAGCUUGUUAGAAAUGCGUGGAGCCACUGGCGAGCUCCACACCACUCGUGCUUAGGAAAUGCACACAUUCAUUGUUAUCCAUUCAUAAAAGACAAUUGUUUUUUCCA